GUGGUUAUUACAUAAGUUUCAGGUUAUCUGAUAAUGAAAUGAAUCUAGAAAAUGGGAUUUUUAACAGUUCACAAAUAAGUAUCAAUGACAACCUUGAAUACAAACCAACCUUACAAAAUAAUCUUGAGCUGAAAGUUACUUCUCAGUCUCAAAUGACAUUACAUACGACGUCACCCUAUACCAAUGUAAAUGAAAACAUAACAGAUAUGCCAAUAAACUUUAGUUUAAAUCAGAUUGAGUGUAUUUGUCAAGUACUCUAUAAUAACCAGGAAACUGAUCGAUUGAAAACAUUUCUGUCGAAAAUAUCAACGACUACAAUGUAUCAUAACAAUGAAGUAAUUAUGAAAUGCAGAGCAUUAGUUUUAUUCGUCAAUAAAGAAUUUACUGAAUUAUUCAAAAUUUUAAAUAAUUUUCCAUUUAGUGUUUAUAAUCAUAACGAAAUGCAAAAUUUAUGGUAUCAAGCUCAAUAUGCACAGAUAGAGAUAUCACGUGGUCAUCAGUUGAAUGCUGUAGCCAAGUAUCGUAUACGCAAGAAAUUCCCACCGCCGAACACAAUAUGGGAUGGAGAUGAAGUGACGUAUUAUUUUAAAGAUAAAUCAAGAAAUUAUUUAGCUGAACAGUUUGUGCACAAUCCAUAUCCUUCUAUUGUGGAAAAACAUUUCAUGGCUAAGAAUAGUGGUCUUACCAUAACACAAGUAUCGAAUUGGUUUAAGAAUAGAAGGCAACGUGAUAAAACUCUUAAUAACUUUAAAAGUAGAUGUAUAACCCAGAAUGGAUUGAGUUACCUUCAACCAACUGAUUUCGAGGUGUCAACAGAGUUCCAUGAACACUUUGAACAAAAUACUGAUACAGCACUGUAUGAUGCAAAAUUUCUCGAGACAGCUUGUUCCGAUUUCAGCAAAUCUUAUUUCGAUUAUGAACGAGAACCUCAAGAUCAUGAUUUCAGCUUUCAUCGCCAUCAAUCUGGAAAUUAUUAUUCUUCAUUUUCUCACCUAAAUUCUUCAGAUGAAGAUUUUUCUGUUGCGAGUAUAAAAUACAAUUAG